AUGUUAUUCAGCAGAACUGCGUUGGUUGCUUCGCUUCUCGGCGUGGCUAAUGCUGUCCCAGUUGCUUCGUCCUUGAGCUGUGUCGACGACGCCAGUGACGGCCAGUCUUACAAUGGCUUCGUUGUGCAGUGUGGCAUUGAUUAUAACGGCAACGACAUGGGCCUGGCUUGGACAUCAACAUUCGAGGAUUGUAUCGAUACUUGUGCCUCAACCAGCGGCUGUGUUGAUGUCUCUUACUCCGGCACUGCUUGCUACAUGAAGAGCGGUAUCGGCGUGUAUACCAUCAACGGUGUUUGGGGAGCGGUAAAGGCAGCCACAUCUACCCUAACAUGUCCCAGUGCAGAUGGCCAAGUCUACGACGGCUUCACAAUUGCGUGUGGCAUUGAUCACGUUGGUGGAGACCUAAGCAACUUCUACGCCGGGAGCUUGAAUUCGUGUUUGGAUACCUGCUCGACCACUGCGGACUGCCUUGGUGUCGCCUAUGCCGCUCCAUAUUGCUACAUGAAAAGCACUAUCAAUGAGCCCUCCAGCAAUCCCGCCAUCAUUGCUGCUACGCUCCCUCCCUCUAACACUGGCCUUUGUGCGAACGGCAACACUGGAACGUCGACCUAUUCGGCUGGUGGAAAAAGUUUCAACGUUGUCUGUGGCUGGGAUUACUAUGGCUACGAUAUCUCGAACCAGCAGACUAAAGACCUUGAAACUUGUAUCUCGCGUCUACUGGCUGGGCCAAUUCCAACGUGA